AUGUCUAACAAGACGAAGGGGAAGCUCCCUGAAGUGAUUGACCUGACACGGCAGAGCGCCUUCCGGCCAUACUCGGGCGCCAAAAAGAUCGUGAUCAAGAACCUCAGGCCACCCACGCAGACCGACAAGACCGAGCAGUAUUACGAUCGGACACGGCAGCAGCUCAAGGAUGCCCUUCAGUGCAUACUUCGUCACCAGCCUCUCCAACUGCCAAUGGAGAGGCUGUACAGGGGUGCGGAGGACAUCUGCAGGCAUGGGCAGGGGCAGGAACUAUAUCGCACGCUACAAGAGCUAUGCGAAGCUCACUUGAAGCAAGCAACCUUGCGGUCCAUCAUCGACAGGUCGCCAGGCCCCUCAAAUAUUGACAUGUUGCGGAGCGUCUUUCUUCAUUGGCAGGAUUGGAACAAGGCAGUUAUAGAUAUUCGGUCUAUAUUCAGCUACCUCGACAGGACGUACCUUCUUCGAGAGAGGACGCUGGGCUCAAUCAACGACUUGACGAUCACGCAGUUCCGGAAGAUGCUCUCGUCUUCGGCCAGCAAGGACGCUACCAACCAGACACCUUUUACUCGAUGUCUCCACGGCGUGUGCGAGCUGAUCGCGUACGAUCGAGUGAAUGACGAUCGAUUCGACGCUCGAUUACUGAAAGAAUCAGUCCGUAUGUUCAACGUGCUCAACGUUUACCAAAAGUCGUUUGAGCCGGCGUUUCUCCACGACUCGGUCAACUUCUUCCACGAAUUUGCAGAUGAGAUGAGCACAGCAAGUCUGAAGGAGUACAUUCUUGCAUGCGAAAAGCUUCUGAAGGAUGAGGACUAUCGAUGUAACGCGUACAAUCUUGACAGCACGACCAAGAAGCAACUUCUCGAUGCCGCCCACGGCAUCGUGGUGAAGGACUACUCGGCUAAGCUUCUGAAUGUCGAAAGCUUGUCGAAGCUGCUUGCUGAUCAGGAAAUUGAGUCGAUGCGAGCUCUCUACGACCUCCUGCGAUUGUCGGGGAUCCAGGCGAAGCUCAAGGACCCGUGGAAAACCUACAUCCAGGAGGCCGGAGCGACGAUUGUGGGUGACGUAGAGAGAGGAGACGACAUGGUCAUGAGGUUGCUUGAGCUGAGGCGAGCUCUGGAUCUCGUCGUGCGAGAUGGUUUCAGAGGUGAUGAAGUCUUUGGCUACGAGCUGAGGCAUGCCUUCGGCGCUUUCAUGAACGACCGGAAAACGACUUCGGGAUGGAGCACGGGAACGUCCAAGAUUGGAGAGAUGAUCGCGAAACACAUUGACAUGCUCUUGCGAGGCGGUCUCAAGGCUCUUCCCAAGAGUCUGUUGUCUGACAACAAGGAUCGGGCUGCUGCCGAAAAGAGUGGGCAAUCAAGUACGGCUGACGAGGAUGCCGAGCUGGAUCGCCAGCUUGAUGCUGCCCUUGAGCUUUUCAGGUUCAUUGAAGGCAAGGACGCCUUUGAAGCUUUUUACAAGAAAGAUCUGGCCAGGCGGCUGCUCAUGGGCCGAAGUGCGAGCGAAGAUGCCGAGAGAAACAUGCUUCGAAAGCUCCGAGACGAGUGCGGUGCCAACUUUACGCGUAAUCUUGAGCAGAUGUUCAAAGAUCAGGAGCUCGCCAAGGAGGAGAUGCAGCACUACAAGCAAUGGUCAGAAGGCACGAAUGCCGAACAACAAGUCGACCUUCAAGUCAUGGUCAUCUCCGCAGCUUCUUGGCCGACAUAUCCCGACACGAAGCUCAAUCUGCCUGAAGGUGCCGCCGUCGAGAUCGAACGGUUUGAGCGGUGGUACAACCAGAAGCAUGACGGCAGAAAACUCUCGUGGCCCCAUUCGCUGGCCAACUGUACGGUCAAAGCCAUCUUCCCGAGAGGCACGAAAGAACUCCUGGUCAGUGCGUUCCAGGCCGUUGUGCUUGUGCUGUUCAACGAGGUCGAUCUUGAGGGCUUCCUCAGCUUCGGACAGAUCAGCACAGCUACGGGACUUGCGGGUCCGGAACUACAGCGGACGCUACAAUCGCUGGCCUGUGGCAAGGUCAGAGUUUUGAGCAAGCACCCCAAGGGAAGGGAUGUCAGCGAGACUGAUACCUUUACCAUCAACAAGGCCUUCACUGAUCCCAAACUUCGGAUAAAGAUCAAUCAGAUUCAGCUCAAGGAGACGAAGGAGGAGAAUAAGGCGACACAUGAGCGCAUUGCAGAGGACCGUAAGUUCGAGACGCAGGCGGCCAUUGUGCGGGUGAUGAAGGCGCGCAAGACGAUCGGGCACAGCGAGCUGGUGGCUGAAGUGAUCAACUUUACUCGCAAGCGUGGUCCCGUUGACGCCGCCUCCAUCAAGAAGCUCAUAGAGACGCUGAUAGAUAAGGAUUACAUGGAGCGCGACGGAAACAUGUAUACCUACAUCUCGUGA